AUUCUCUCAGCAAGAAACCGUACAAAAAGCCAUUCAAUUGAAAAUACACCGCAAAUCGUCGUGAUAUAAAAUAUAAUUAAUAGAUCCACCACCGUUAUCACAUCUAGUUCAUUCUCACCGCCCUUCUACCCACUUAUUUCCGUUUCUGCGCGCGGUCAGUGUCAGAAAAGUUCGCGAAUUUUCCCGAACGCGUUGCGUGAGUUUCCGGCAGAGGAAAGAUCCAGCGCGAGACACAGUACGCGAGAGCGCGCGCCAGACUUCAAAGCCGAACAUUCAGUGCAAUAAAACACAAAACACAGUUAUUACGGGUUGUGAAUACUGAAUCUGUGUCUUGAGCCGUUCGUUAUGUCUGUUCUGUGUUAUAAUAAAGGCUGCGGGCAGCGAUUUGAUCCAGAAACCAAUCCGGAGGAUGCAUGUACGUACCAUCCUGGAGUUCCUGUGUUCCAUGAUGCUCUGAAGGGUUGGUCGUGUUGUAAGAGACGGACAACAGACUUCUCAGAUUUUCUCAGUAUUGCGGGCUGCACUAAAGGUCCUCAUAACAAAGAGAAGCCGCUUGAACCCGUGAAACCGGACGUGAAGGUCUCAGGAGAGAAGAAAGAGCUGGAGGAUCUGAAACCAAAGUUUAAUGAGUAUGUCAUCCAGGCCCCCAAACCGCUGGAGUUCAUCCAGAGACCCAGCGCUGAUGAGCCGCUGGUGGAGCUGCAGAGGAAAUCGCCCCGUCUCUUGAACCAGGCGCUCGAGAAGCUCAGACUCGCAGACACCAGUCAGAUUGAAGAAAAAGAUGAGGAAGGAAGUGAGGUCAAAAUUGGGACUGCAUGUAAAAACGGAGGCUGCUCGAAGACAUACAACGGACCAAAGACUGAUGAAGGAACGUGUGUAUAUCAUCCCGGAGUGCCCAUCUUCCACGAGGGGAUGAAGUACUGGAGCUGCUGUAAGAGGAAGACGUCUGAUUUUAACUCCUUCCUGUCUCAGGAGGGCUGUAAUAAAGGGUCACACCAGUGGAGGAAAGACACGGGUAAGAAAGUGGCUCCAUGUCGAUUUGAUUGGCACCAGACAGGAAGUCAGGUGACCAUGUCUAUCUAUGCAAAGAACUCUAAUCCUGAGCUGUGUUCCGUGGAAGCCAACAGCAUCUCGCUGAAAAUCCAUCUGAUCUUUGAGGGAGAAAAAGAGUUUGAGCUGAAUAUGAGCCUGUGGGGGGUGAUUGACAUCAGUAAGAGCGUCAUUAACAUGAUGGCCUCCAAAGUGGAGGUAGUCAUGAAGAAGGCGGAGCCUAUUACCUGGGCGCGGCUGGACCUGCCCCCUCCAAUGCCUCAACCGACCAAUGAGAAGAAAGAGAAUCAAGAUGAAGAGAAAAUGAUCGCUUAACAACCGUGAUUAACUCCCUCCGACACGCUCAGGCUCUCUCAGACAGCAGUGGUCAACUAAAUCUGCAGGUCUGUGUCACCGGACACUCUGAUUUCUCAACUGUGUAAUCUGGGAAAUAUGAGUGAGAUUAUUUAUUUAUUUUAUUGGAGAUCAUAAUGAGCAAAACAGCUCAUGUCUGUUUUUACAUUUUAAUCAUUUUAGACAAUAUUUAAUUUGACGUGAAUGAAAAUGAAGCUGUGAGGGACAGAAGUACAUUUAAACAAUCUUAUUAUAUUAAUAUUAUAAAAUAAUAUUAAUAAUGUUAUUAAAAUAUAGUAAAUAUCAAACAAAUAUCUAACUAUCUUUAACUGCUGGAGCUGCUGUAAUUUCAUUUAUUAUUCAGGAAAUGGUAAUUAUGGUAAUUCUAACUUGACAUCAAUGCAGCAGAAUUUUUUUUAAAUUAUUAUUAUUACUUAAUUUGUGGAAAUGCACAAAUUUCAUUGGUGAACAAUGUCUCUCACAGCCUUGUUUUCAUUGCUGUCAGAUUCAAUAUGGCGUCUAAAGUCUUUCUAAAAUGGUUUCACUGAAUUAUGUAAUUUUGAUAGCUUUCCUACUGUAGAGCUUUAAGCUAGGUACAAUUAAUGUGCCUCAAAAUAUAAAACAAAACAAAUAAAACAUUCUUAACAUCAAAAUGAAUAGACAUGUCUGUAUUUUGGUUAUUUCCUCUGUUAAAUGAAUGCUGUCAACUUUGAUACAAGCAAAUAUAACUUGUUGUUGCCUUUUUGUUGUUCUAUCAUUCCACGUUGUUUUCUGAUGAAUCAGUCUUUAUUUUCGUGCACUUUCACCUUCCUGAACAACUGUCUUAGCCGAGCUUAAUUUAAGUUAAGUCAACCCAGCUUGGAUUAAGUGUGCUCAUGUCAUGGAUUGGGAACAUUCGUGUGUGUCGACAGGAGGACAAAACACUUUCAGACUUACUUGGGUUUGGCAUUCUAGAAAUAAACUGCAGUAAAUCACUGAAAACUAGAAUGAAAUAUAAGUGUGUUUACCUGCAUCUGAUGGAUCUACUGUUUGUGAGACUAUCUCAUGUUACUGUAAACAUUAAAUUAUUGUACUGUACUCUCAAA